GUGACGCUGGGAUAGCUUUUGCGGAUUAGCAGCGCAGACAGUACCCUCUGUGUUUCUUUUGCGGUUUAUUUUUGUAAAUUACAAGAACAGCAAAACCGCACAAUAAUGUCGUCGGUCCUUGAUGCUCUUUGGGAGGACAGAGAUGUUAGAUUUGACAUAACAGCGCAACAAAUGAAGACUCGCCCGGGGGAGGUGAUGAUAGAUUGCUUAGACUCAAUAGAAGACACCAAAGGGAACAAUGGGGAUCGAGGACGAUUGUUAGUGACAAACCUGAGAAUUAUCUGGCAUUCUCUGGCACUACCACGAGUCAAUUUGUCUGUGGGUUAUAACUCCAUCAUAAACAUUACCACACGGACAGCAAAUUCUAAAUUAAGAGGUCAAACUGAAGCACUUUACAUUUUGACAAAGUCAAACAACACAAGAUUUGAGUUCAUAUUUACAAAUGUGGUACCAGGAAGUCCACGUCUCUUCACUUCUGUCAUUGCAGUGCAUAGAGCAUAUGAGACAUCUAAAAUGUACAGAGACUUGAAAUUGCGAGCUGCUCUUAUUCAAAACAAGCAGUUACGACUCCUGCCUCGUGAGCAAGUGUAUGACAAAAUCAAUGGUGUAUGGAAUCUGUCCUGUGACCAGGGAAAUCUUGGGACGUUUUUCAUCACCAAUGUUCGUAUUGUCUGGCAUGCAAACAUGAAUGAAAGUUUUAACGUCAGCAUCCCUUAUCUUCAGAUUUGGUCAAUCAGAAUAAGAGAUUCAAAAUUUGGUUUGGCCCUGGUAAUUGAGAGUUCGAGACAGAGUGGAGGCUAUGUGCUGGGUUUUAAAAUAGAUCCAGUUGAGAAGCUUCAAGAUGCCUUAAAAGAAAUAAAUUCACUUCAUAAGGUUUUUUCUGCAAACCCCAUCUUUGGGGUUGACUAUGAAAUGGAAGAAAAGCCACAGCCGUUGGAAAGGCUGACAGUGGAACAGCCUCCUGAUGAUGUGGAGAUUGAGCCUGAUGACCAGACUGAUGCUUUCGCUGCGUACUUUGCAGACAGCAACAAGCAACAAGACCGGGAGCCUGUGUUUUCAGAGGAUCUGGGCCUUGCCAUUGAAAAGCUGAGAGAUGGCUUUACACUGCAGGGACUGUGGGAAGUCAUGGGCUAAAAUUAUAUAUCUGCAGUAAGUGUGCUGAGACGAUGUAAGCAAUUAUUUAUAGAAGAAAGAAUAAAGUAUUUUCUAGAUCAGAAAUGUAUUUUCAGCCACCUGUAGUCUAUUGUACAUUUUAUGCCAAAACAGUGUAUAUAGUUUUUAGUAAAAUAUGUACUUUCAACUUUCUUAUACUCCAAUACAUAGCCAUUUGAAAAUGUGUGUACUUAUUGAGAGUACAUUUAACUUACAUUUUUAAGUAAAAUGUAAAAAAGGUGUGCACUAUUAAUAAACGUUACCAUUUGGAAUUGAACCACAACAAUGUGUUGAAUACAACUACUCUGUACUAAUACUAUAUCAACUUAUUGUUCAAUAAAUUGUACAUAAAUGAGAUAG